AUGCCGUACAUAAUCUAUGUACCGGCAAUCCCACGACCGUACAUCACCAACGACCCCAGGAUCUACAUGGACUGUAGCAAGACCUUUGGCUGGACUUGCGAGUCACGACCAUACUCCGAUUCGUACUGCGAAGAAUCACGGGUAGACGAAGACAUGCGCGAUGAGGGCGAUCGACGACGCGAGCAGCUAGAACGAUAUUGGCUUGAAGAACUGGACCUGCGGGAGAGCUUCAUGAAGAAGGUUGAAAUUGCGCAUGGGGAGAUGCCGGUGGACCACGACAAACAUGAUUCGGUACAUAGCGUGGUUGUCGAGGUCAAGGAGAUUCUAAUCGAUGCUGGAGAUGGUUGA